UUCCCUUCUCUCACUUUCUAGCUUUCUUUCUUUCAUUUUAUUUUUUCAAGAAAAACAGUUAAUUUACUACUUUUGCCAGGCGAUAGUGGGCAGACUGACACUCUGGUAGCUACAUGGAUGUGUAUGUACCAGUUAAAAUAGAGCGCAUGUUAGCUAACAGCCCAAAGAACCCUAAUGUAGAAUCUUCUGUUUGCCUCUUCUGACUUCUAUUUCAUACAUACUCCAUUAUCUUUUCACCAUUCAGCAUCUCUAUACGAAAAUUCAGCAGUCUGAUCUUUGGUAUCAUGGGAGAGCAGAGUCAGCCAAAUGCCCUAGAAACACAAUGGGCAUUUCUUGGAGGUACAAAUGAUUCUUAUUAUCUAGCGGGGCAUGAACUUAACAAGCAGUACAUGGCAGGGGUUGGAAUUGAUGGGAUGCAUUAUGUUUCUGUGCCUUCACCUCAGUGGAUCCAUGACCAGCAAACACCACAAAAUUACGUUGAAUAUCUUGCAGAGAAUGUGGUCUCCGAGGUUCAAGUGGAUGCUUCCGCAGAAGCUUCUGGUUUCAGAGUAGUCGACAGCUCUGCUGACAUAAUUUCUCAGGAGCAGAUAAGAUAUCCGAGUCCUUACUUUGAAGGGGUUCCACUCGACUUUUUAAUUGGCUCAGAAAGUCAAGUUGGUGCCUUGACAUGGGAGCCAGCAGGAGAUGCCAGGCUUGCUUCUGGACCUUGCUCUGAAGCAUUAGCUGCUGGAUCAUCGUAUCUUUCCAAAAGUUCUAGAAAAGCAAGGGCUGCAUUGUCUGAUCGACGUCGCAAGAUGAGAAUUGCUGAAAGAAUAGACGCAUUGGGAGAAUUAUUUCCAUGCUCUAAAAAGGGUGGAAGAGCAUCUCUAAUGGAUGAAGUUAUCGACCACAUCAAAAAUCUGCAGUUCCAGAUAAAGGAUCUCAGUUGGAGCAGAUUGGGGGGUGAACCUUCUUCUAUCCCAUUUUUAUUUGUUGAGGGUUGUGGACAUUACAUUCUUGAUGAACAACUGAUUGAACCUCUGGAAGAGACAUUGGGCAAGUUGCUGGAAGUGAAUCCCUCAAUGGCAACUCAACUGCUGGAGAAUAAGGGCCUAUUUUUUAUGCCUAUGACUCUGGCAGAAGGAAUGCAUCAUCAUGAGUAGAAACUGAGAACAGGUCUACAUAUAACUUUGCAUGUUUUCUUAUGGCAGAGAAAUCUGAAGUGGUAAUUAGGCAAGAAAAUAUGGUAUGCUUUUGUAUAAGCAAAGCUCAAGAAGAUUUGUCUUUGUACAGAUCUUCUUUCUGGCUGGUUAUUUGUUCCAACUUUCACUAUCAAUUAGGUGCUCAUUUUCUGCUUUAUUUGUUUAUCAAAGGUUAUGGACAAUCGAAUUUAAACAAAAAGAAGGUAUUCCCUUUGUUUCA